AUGCCGUCAGAUCUCUUGUGUUGUGAGGUUGUGUUAGGUAACCUUCGGGGAAGGUUAUGCUGGCAGAUCUCUUUUGUGUGUAAGAUUGUGAUGGGUAACCUUCGGGGAAGGUUAUGCCGUCAGAUCUUGUUUAUGCAGGCCCAUAUGUUGAGUAUGACUCCGAUGUGGAAAGAUCACGGACGGCUGAGCCGCCAGAUCUUUCGAGGUUCGUGUGGGUACUCUUCCGAGGCAAGGGAAGCUCUGCCGCAGAACCGAGGGUGUAGUCAAGCGCAUUCUCGCACGUCAGAGCCCAACCGGAUUGGCAGCGUGGAGGCUGUGCAUGAAGGGAGGAAGACUCGGAGGAUAACCUGGUCAGCUGCCUUGGCCGAGUAUGGUACCAUAUGA